GAUGCGCCUCAAUUCGAACAGUAUGAGUUGUAGCAUGUUGUGCGGUGCAGUAGUCGCAUUUCUAAUGGGAACCUAGGUUGCGUGUCGUCGUGUGUGUGCUCCACGAUGAGGAUCGUAACAGGACCACCAAUCCUUGAAAAAUUACCACCAAGAUUUCGAGACGAAGGCACUCAAUGUGUUAUAGCUUCCGAAGGACAAUCAGCUGUUCUUUCAGCUGAACUUUUCGAAUUAACUCCCGAUACCGAAUUAUUUUGGUCGAAAGAUGGAGAUCGUUUUGUACCAGAACCACGCCACCGUCAACAAAUCGACAAAAACACCGUCCAAUUGGUGCUGGAUAGCAUCAACAAGGAGGACUCAGGAAUUUACAGUCUCAGCGCUAAAACUUCAGCUGGAACAACCACCAGAGAUUUAGAGCUGAGAGUGACCAGUCCAGAUGGAGGCGAAGAAGACCAACCACCAGCGUUUUUGAGACGAUUAAACGAUCUUUCCGUGAAGGUCGGUACGCGAACGCGGUUUUUAGUUGAAAUUAAAACCGCGUCUGAAGUAACGAUCGAAUGGUUUCACAACGAUACACCAGUAAAAGAAGGCGAAAGAUACCGUUUUAUAAACGAAGGAGGAUUUCAUUGCGUCGAUGUAGCACCUGUAGUCGCCAAAGACGCAGGAAAAUGGACUUGCACCGCUCAAAAUCUCACGGGACAUACUUCGAGCACGUGCAAUUUGAACGUUUUAGUUCCAAAAACAUACAAAGCACCCGAAUUUUUGGAAGAGCUCCAAGCGAUUCUUACGGAUCAAGGAACCGUUUCGCUAGAAUGCAAAGUGGUUGGUGUUCCAACUCCGCUUUUGCACUGGUUCAAAGAUGGAAAUGAAAUCAAAGCAGGAGACGCCUUCGCGCUAACCGCGAAUCCCGAUGAUCCGACCACGUUGGGAACGUACACUUGCGAAGCUGUUAACUGCAUGGGAAAGGUUUACUCUAGUUCAAGAGUUCAUGUUGUUGGACGAGGAAGUAGAGAAGGAUCUUUAAAACCCGCUGAUAGCGGAAUAUCGACGGGUCCUCCCCCGAGUUAUGCACGAGAUUUAAACGACGAAACAAUUAAAAUAGGCGAUCCUUUAUUUUUAUCCUGCCAAGUGUCUGUACCUCCAUGGCCAAAAUCAAUAAUUUGGUUCAAUUCCGAGGGUCGUAUUAACGACGAAACUCCUGAAGGUAGAUACAAAUCUAUGGCAGAUGGUUUAGGAGGGUACAUGUUGGAAGUAAGACCAACGGAAGCCGCUGAUCAAGGACAGUGGAAAUGUGUCGCUACAAGUGAUAGUGGAGCAAAAUCAGUAUCAACUUGUGAAGUUCAUAUGAUCAUUCCAAAACACUUUAGAAAACCACGAUUUAUGGAAAGUCUAAAAGCAGUCUUAACUGAAGAAGGUUUAGUUUCAUUCGAAUGUAAAGUAGUUGGUUCACCGACGCCAUUACUUCGAUGGUUUAAAGAUGGACAAGAAUUAAAACCUGGUGAUGUGUAUCAAUUAACGGGGUCGAAUUCUUUAGGUUCAUAUUGUUGUAUAGCAAGAAAUUGUAUGGGCGAAGCUGUCAGUUCGGCCGAGUUAACAGUAGAAGACAUUCAAAAUCAACUAAAUGACGAAGAACGUCAACAACUUUUAUCAAAAAGCCAAGCACCCAAAUUUAUCCACGGAUUAAAAAGUUGCGAAGCUCGUAUUAACGAAAACUUCAAAUUCACCGUUCAAGUUAGCAUAGCACCUUUACCCAAUUUAUCUUGGUACAGAGAUGACCAACCGAUCGAGAUGGAAUUACAAAAAUAUAACGCCAAACAAGAAUCCAAUGGUUUUGGUACUUUGGAUAUUCUUCCUCUUGAAUUUAUGGAUCAAGCUGAAUGGAAAUGUGUCGCUAGAAAUGAUUUCGGACAUUCAAUAACUUCGUGUUUUCUCAAACUUGUUAUCCCAAAACAUUUUCGUAAACCGCGAUUUUUGGAAUGUUUACGUGCAGUUUUAUCAGAAGAAGGUGCAGUUAAUUUGGAAUGUAAAGUGAUUGGAGUUCCACAACCAAUUUUAACUUGGUAUAAAGAUGGAAUGGAAUUGAAGCCUGGAGAUAUUCAUAGAAUUACAUCAGGAGAGGAUGGAACAUGUUGUCUUGGAACUUACACUUGCGAAGCAAAAAAUUGUAUGGGAAUUGUAGCGAGUUCAGCAUCUUUACUUGGAUUUGAGGAUCAAUCAAAAACAAGAGCGGAACAACAAAGAAUUGAAUUAGCCAAAGUUCCUUCGCUAUCAACAAUCCACGAAGAAAGAACAUCUCAACUUUACGAUACACCACAAGCUGACCUUUCAUUGACUAUCAACGAUCAUGGAGAAUUAUCAUUUUCAUUUGACGGCAAAGAAGUUUCUUUGUCAUUGUAUGAAACGCCAGAUAUCACUGAAGAUGAAGCCAUCCAAAUCGUAGAAAUGUAUGCUGAUCAACUCUCAGAACACGUUUCAGAACAUAAUGUUGUUGAAUUACCACCGUUGAGAUUUACGAAAGAAACUUCAACAUCUGGGAAUUUCGUAAUGGAAGCAGUUGUAGUUGAUGUUUCUGAUGAUUACUUUACAUCUGCUGAAGAAGACUUAAGAACUGAAGCUGACGUAACGGAAAUUUAUUCCAUAACCGAAGAAGGUGCAAGAGCAUUAUCACCAAGUGGAACAUCAAACGGAGAUGUACCAAAACGACCACCACGAAAGAAGAAUGAUUCACAAAAAAGUUCCAAUUCCUAUUAUAGUCUAUCUAAAAAUGCAUCAAUCGAUACAGACGUAGCCGAUGAAAGUUUAGCAAUGGAUACAGAAUCAUAUGGAGAUUUUGAAAGUGCAAUAAGUUCAGAUCGUAUUCGUGGUGAAGAAGACAUGGCAUUUCAAGUUGCUGCGAUAACUGAAACAACAAGCCUUCCUGGUGAUAGAUUAUUAGAAUCACCGGUUAGUCCACAAAACACUCACGAAAUUGGUUCUGAUUUGCGUGUUGAUAGAGAUGAAGGAGUUAAAAAGAAGCGAAGAAGACGAAAACAAUCUCGACAAUCAUCUCAAAGUUCUGACGAAUCUUCUAAAGAAGGUUUAGUCAAGAAUGGUGUAAAAAAGAAGGCUCAAAGUUUAGAAUUAGGAGGUGAUAUCUUUUAUAGAGACGUCCAAGGCGAAGAAGGUGAUGGUUUGGUGAUAGAUCCAGAAGUAAACGCGAUGAAAAUGAAGGAAUUAUCUGAAAAAGAAAAAGAAGUAGCCGAAAAAUUACAAAAAACUUUACAGAGUAUUCAAGAAAAUUUAAAUAAAGUUGAACAAGAACUUGUUAUCCAAACUUCUUUGAAAACAACAGCUGCGGCUGCUAAUAAAAGUAUAGAAGUUCUUCAUUCUUUAAUGCAACCAAUACAAGAUAUGCAAAUGUUCUUGCUUACGCUAGAACAGCAAGAAGAACAAAGAGAAGGCGUCUCUAUAGCCGAAAUGAUAGCCCCUCCAAUUUUUGAUUUGCAAAAAGGUUUAUCGAUAGUUGAAAAAUGCGUUGAAAUGCAAGGAAAGGAACAUACCUUGAUUCAAAAAACUUGUUUUAACAUUCUUGAAAAAGGUGGAAAACAAAUUCAAAGAGGGUUAAAAUUAAUUGAAAAUAUGUCACUUUUAGAAAAAGAGAUGAUACCCACAAACGCAGCGGGAAGAAUCACCCCAUCAAAAAUAAUACAAGAAGUUUUAAUCACGCUACAAGAAAUGCAAAACGGAUUAGAUAAAUCCGUUUUCAUUAUGAACAGUAAAGCCGCUUUGCAACAAGCCAAAAGAAAAUCGCCCGCAAAAGAAACGGCAACAGUUAAAGAAACUGAUAUUCUCGAAACUGAAAGCGAUAUCGAUAUUCUUUUACGAUUUGCCCAACCUGCGUUUGAAUUACAAGAAACUUUAACAAACAUUAAAGAAGAAAUAUUAGAAAGCGAAAUAUCUAAAAGUAAUAUUUACCAAAAAAUUAAAGUUCAUGUUGCAGAACUUGUCGAUGAAAUAUCAUCCGCCGAAAGACAUGUUCAUAAAUUAAAAGAAUCAAACGUUGAGCAACCUUUAUAUUCAGCUUUAAUCGAACAAUUAACGAAUCCUAUUAAAGAAAUUUCUAACAACCUCGACAUUUUACCCACAUUAGAAACAGCUGACAAAUACGAUGAAGCAGCUAAAUUAGAUAUGUUCGAAGAACCAAUCGAAGAAAUAAUCAAUUCUCUUUCAAAAAUGGGGAAAGAUGUUACAUCCUUAGAACUUAGUCAAGCUGAAUCAAGCACAGCGGAUGUCGUUAAAGAAGUUUUUGACCAAGUGAGUCAAUUAAUUUUCCAAAACGUACUUCAAACCGUCCAAGAUUUCUUAUACAAUUUAGAAAACGCCCAAAAAUCAACAACAGACACCGUUGUACUUGAAGCUUUAAGACAAAUGUCUUCUUUACAAAAAGAUUUAGCGACAACCGUCAAGAAAUCCGCUGAAGUUAAUACGGAAGGUGCCGUUAUGGCUUUAGAAAGACUCGCUCAACCACUCGAUAUGAUCAACAACCAACUUUUGGAUAUACCAACAGCUCAACCGAGUGAUAUUCUCGAUGAUAUGGUUGCUUGCUUAAGUAUCCUUGAGGAUUGUAUCGUUUUAAACGAGAGCAUUGAAGAAAACGAGAAUUUAUUGGUUUCAUUCAGUAUUCUGAAAGCACGCGCCGGGGAAGUUAAAGAGAACGUUUGUAUGUUAAUCGAACCUCCUUCAGUUAGCGAAUAUCAACGACCGCCUCUACUACAGCAUUUAUCAGAAGAGAAAGUUACCGAUGAAGUCGUCGAAGAGAGUGCUGCAACACUUCCUGUUCCUCCGAUUGUUGAAGAGGACUCGGCCGUUUCGAAGUACGAAGAUUUGAAAAAAUGUAUCGCAACGAUACAAGAUUUAUCAAUUAUGAGUGAAGAAACUGAAAUUGAAAUCGACUCAGAAACAUCAACUGAAAAAGCAAAAGCUUUCGUGGAAACCGUACAAGACUUAGAAAAGUUUUUAGUAACACUUCAAGAAGAUUCAACGGUUGAAACUGCUCAAAAGAUUCCUACUGAAAUAUUCCAGGAAGCUUCCGAAGUGAUUGAGUGCGUUGAAAAAUUAAAGAAUUCUGCUAUUUUUGAAAAGACAACCGAAGAACCUGUUAUUACAGUUGAAGAUAUCGUAGAAAUAAAGACAUUAUCGGGACCACUCCGUAGAUUAAGUAAAACUAUCGAUAUCAUAGAAGGACAAAAAGAUGAAAGAUUAAAAGUUUUUAAGAACCUCGAAGAACCAUUAAAAGCCAUAGAAAAUUGCGUCAUUACUUUAGGGGAACACAAUGUUUCAAUUGGAAACAUCGAUGAACAUUUAGCGAAUGCAAUCGAAAUUAUUUCAUUAGAAAAGAAUAACUUUGAUAUUUCUUUAGAAGAUGCAAGACCUCUAAUUGGAAUAUCAGAUCAUUUGAAUUCAAUUAAAAAUCUUCUUUGGGAACUACACGAAACCAAUUUAUUAGAUGUUGGAAAAUUAAAAGCUACAAUAGAAUUAUUACAACUAGAACUAAAAGACAUCGAAUCUAAAGAUAACGUGAAAUUCAUCAUUAAAGCCGUUGAAGAAUUUACAAACCAUCUUCAAGAAACGGUUUGCCCAACUAAAAUUGAAUGCAAAGCAAUUAAAGAUGUUUGCAUAUUAUCUAAUCAACUUGAACAACAACUUGCCGUUUUAACCGAAAAAGAAUCUUUAAACCCCAAACAAGGCGAAAUCAAAGAUUUGCAGAAAUCUUUGCGAGCAAUGAACGAAUCGAUAUCGAAUAUUGAAGCUAUAGAAAUGCCUUUAGAAACAAUUGCAUUUUUCGAGCAUUUACAACAAUGUCUGCAAUCGGCGCAGGAGAGUUUCGAAGAAAUGCAAAGCGUUGAAGUUGAAUCAAUUUCAGAUUUAAUGAAAGAAAAACCAAGUGUUAUCGCAGAUUUAAAUAAUUUGUUAGAAUUAAGUGUUGUUCUUUCUGAACCAAUUCAAGACCAAUUAAAAGAAGUCGCGAAAUGUGCGAAUAAAGUUUUUGAGCUUUCCGAAGCUGAUGUUGUAUUAAGUACCACUGAAGAAUAUGUCAUUUAUCCACAAGAAACAGAAUCAUCUCAAACUAAAAUAGCCAUCGAAACAUUAUCAAAAUAUUUAACAACUAUUGUAACAACUCCUUUGGAUAUAAAUAAUCCAAAACAUGGUUUAAUUUCAACAAUAACUGAUAAAUUGUUUAAACCUUUCGAAUUAAACAUCAAAACUGCAACAGAAAUAGAAUUAAAAGAUGACGAUUCUGAGGCCAUAAAACAAUUAACUGGACUCGUUGUUAAUAUAGAAUCAGCUACUUUUGAAGACAAACCAAAAAUAACCGCUUCAAAAAAGAUUAUUAAUGAUUUAAAAGAAAUUGAGACAAUUCAAGUCGUUAACCCGGCACUAAUUCCUUUGAUAACAAUAAUGAAAGAAGCUGCAAAAUCGUGUUUAGAUGACAUUAAUGUAAUUGUUGAUGAAGAUGCGCAAAAUAGGCUUGUUAAAAUGAAGGCUAUUUCACAAGUAACUGAUGCAGCGCAAGAAUUGGUUAAAAAUAUAGCUUCUAUUAAAUAUGCAGAGGUAGAAAAAGCGUUAGUUAUAAAAUUACAAAGAACUCUUUACGGGUUGCAAAUGUCUAUUAAUGAUUUAAUUGAUUCAGAAUUAAACGAUGAAGACCAAAAAAUUAUUCAACAAUUAGAAAAAUCUUUGCAAAUAAUCGACGAAUUUAUUUUAUUAAAAACAGCAAGAAGUUCCAAACUAAUCGAAAAAGAUCAAGUAUUAGAAAAUUUGGAUGUAUUGGAAAAUCUUUUAAAUAAAAAUAUUUCUGAAACAUCUCACAUAAAAUCGAUGUUACCAGAACUAAACAAUUUAGUGGCCAACUCAAAAAUUGUAAUCACCCAAAUCCACGAUGCACAUCAAAUCAAUUCAAAAUCAGAAUUAAUUAAAUCUAAAUUUACUAACGUUGCUCAAAUUAUAAAAGAAAAAGUUGAGCAAUCGAAUCAAGAAAGUAAAAUGAUUAUUUCCGAUAUCGAAGCACAUUUAAGAGAAUUAAAACAAAAUGCUUCUAUGGUUUUACAACAACCGCAAGAGAAUCAAUUAUCUGAUCAAGAAACUAAUUAUAUUCAAGUAUUAGAAAAUACAGUGACUAAUUUGGAAGAAGCUCUUUCAAAGAAAGUCGAAAAACAAACUGCUAUAGCGAAAAUAAAAGAAAUCUCGCAAAAUAUUGAGUUCGUAGACGUUGGGGAAUCUCCACUUAAUAUUGUGACGCCUCAAAUAAAAGAAAUCUGUAAAAUUGUUAUUACAAUGUUAGAAAUUGUCGAAAAAGAUGAAAUUAAACCAAAAGAAGAAAUUGAAACACAAGAAAUCAAAGAAACAGCUAACGAUGAACACGAUUUAUUAAGUGUAGAGGUGAAAGAUGAAAAACAAGUUGUUGUAGCUCAAGAACAAGUACACAUUGAAAGUAAAGAAAAAGAAUUACAAUUAGUCGAAGAAGUGGGUAAACAAGAAAUUGAACAAAAAUUAGUUGAAGUGGAAUCGGAUAAAGUGGAAGUCAAUGUUUCGAAAGAAAAGGUUGCAGAAAUAAAAAUUGAAGAAACAAAAGGCAUUGAAGUUCCACGCCUAUUAGAAGACGUUAACAUUGAAGAAGAGCAACUUAAAGUUGGAGAAAUUGCUAAAAUAGACGAAGUAAAAGUUGAAAUUAAAGAAAGUAUUGUGGAAGUUGAAGAAAAGAAAUUGCAACCUGAAGAAGUAGAGAAAGAAAAACCAAUGGAAAAUGAAGAUGAAGCAAUGAAGGUGGAAGAACAACAACAAAUUAUUGAGCAACCUGUUCAAAUAGAAGAACCAAAACCUUCAACAUCAAAAGAUCAAAAAACUACCAGUGAAGAAAAUAUUCCACAUCAAGAAGAAAAGGCACAAUUAUUAAUGGAAGUAGAUAAAGAAUCGCUGCUGAAGGAAGAAGAGAUAAAGGUAUCCCAAGAAGUAAAAGAAGAAAAACAAAUGGUUGAAAUGCAAAAAGACGAAAUAACAUCAGUUCAAACUGAAGAACCCAAGCCAUCAGUCCCAUCAAAAACCGAGGAAAUUUCAAAGCAAGAAGAAAUCACUCCACCUGAAGUAGAAAAGAAAGAAAAUUUAUUGGAAGUCAAAAAUGAACAACAAAUUCUUGAAGCACCAAAAGAAGAACCAAAACCAUCAACAUCAAAAGAUGUGAACCUUGAAAAUAAAUCUGAUGAAGAAAAAUUAAUUAUUACGGAAUUAGAAAAGAAACCAACAGAAGUUAAACAACCAAUAAUUAACCAGUUGGAAUCAAUAAAUACUUUUUGCGUAUCAAAUGUAACAAGAGAAUUACCCCAGAAAGAAAAAUUAGAAAGAAUCGUAAAUAUUAUUUCGGUAAUUGCAAAAAGUAUGACAACUUCAGAAAUAAAUGUAAUCGAAGAUCUUGGAAAAAUAUCAAUUAUUGAAAAUUUAUUAGAAAAAUGUUUAGAAUCGAUUCAAAGUGAAAUCGUCACAAAUAAAAUUUCCCAAGAAAUCGUUGUAAACAUCAAAAAAGACUUAGUUGACUUACCAACUGAAUCUCAAUCUGCACAAAUAAUUUCAAUUUUACAACAACUAAUUCGAGUGAUUCUAAAUGAAGAAGUUCAAAUACCUGUUGUAAAAUCAUUGAAAACCCUUAAAGAUUCUGUUGGUUUAAUUGAAAAAGAAAAAUUCUCAGAAUCUAAACAAGCAGCAAUCAACGAAUUAGAAAAAUCAAUUAUCGCUUUAGAAACUACUCUUCAAAAUAAACUAAGUACGACUGCUAAUUUAGAUAAAGACGAAGUGAAUGCAAUCGAAAAAGCUGAAAAAACAUUAUCAGAAAUAAAUUCAUUUUUAGUAACGGCUCAAAAUAUUUCUUUAGAAGAAUCUUCAGCUUUACCAGAUGUUACGGUUAACGUUGUAAAAACUUCGAUUGAAGAAUUACGUUUGGCUGUCGUAGCUAUAAAGCAAGACUCCCAAGUAAAAGAAAUAAUGGAACCUCUCGAAGAAACGGCUAAAAACGUCAUAAAUCUUUUUGAAGGAAUACCAGAAGAAGAAGCUUUAGCGAGUAAAUAUUCCGAAUCGAUGGCUAACGCUUUACAAAAUACGAUAAGAACCAUCGUUAUGAUGGAUAAAACGAAGUUAGAAGACCUUAAACGAGAUAUCUUCAAUCAUAUAGGAAAACAGUUAGUUAAAUUAGAAGAAAAAAUAUUAAAGGUUAGAAACGUUGGAUUAAGACACGAUAUGGCUGCUGUAUUAGAAGCGGGGGAAAAAUGCAUAAAUCAUUUUAAUGAAUAUUUAGCAAACACUCAAAAUGUUAAUUAUGAAAAUGUCGAUGAAGAAAAAUCGAAAGCUUUAAUUGCAACGUUGAAAGAAUUUCAAGGUUUAGAAGAAAACAUUGGAAAACAUUUAACUUACACUCCAAUUGUUGAACAACUCAAAAAUGUUAACGUAAAUAUUUUUAAAUUAUUAGAAAAAACCGAGCCUGUCACACCAAAAGAAAUACCCGAGUCAUUAAAGAAACUUCAAAAUAUUUUACAAGAUCUUCAAGAAAACGUUUCAAGCUUAAACCCAGCUUCGGACGUUAAAGCACAAAAAGUAGCUGUGCAUGAAAUGCCGAGACCUUUAACGGCACUCCAAUUUAUUGCCGAAAACAUCCUCGUUGGAAAAAGCGAAAAGUUAUCCCAAGAUGAAUUACACGUUUUAGAAAUAACAGCAGCUUGUAUGGAAGACAUAAAUACAAUAAUCGAAGAAUCUGAUAGUAAAGGAGAAAUUGAGAAAAUUGAGGAAUCGCUAAGUAAACUUCAAAUUGCUGUUGCUAGUGUUAACCAAGAGUCGCAAAUAAAAGAUAUUCUCGAACCUUUACAAGAUAUUUCAAAUACCGUGGAGAAAAUUUUAGAAAAAGAAAAGGUUGCUCAGAGCGAAUUAAAAGAACAAAAAAGUUUGGCGAUUAAAAGAUUUUCUAGUUCCGUUACAAAUCUGAGUAAAGUAAUUUUAAAAUAUGUUGAGCAAAAGUUACCUGAACCCAAAAUGAUUGUUUUAACUGAGUUACAAAAACCUUUAAGGGCUAUUAUUGAAAGUAUGGGUGAAAUAACCGAUGAAAAUGUUACAAAGAAAGAUAUGAAAGAAUUAAAUAAUUUAACUGAUUCCGUUGACAAUAUAGCUAAAUGUUUAGAAGAAAAUCAAUCAGUUGAAAACAUCGAUAAAUCUUUACAAGAAUUAAACGAAAGUUUAGGAAAAAUUAUAGUGAUUAAAGACGAACAAAUUGAGGAAAUUCCUAAAGCACCAACUCCAUCAACUAUUAACGUUAUCUCGGAAAAUUUAUCAGAUUUACAAGAAGCGAUUCAUUUUACUCAUUUAGUGUUAGAAAAACCAAAAACUAUCGAAGAUGUGAGUCAAUUAAGAAAUAUAAACACACCCUUAAAUGAAUUUUUAAAAUUAAUUUUGGUGAUUAAACACGAAAAAGGUGAUUUAAAUUUGUUAUCGGAACUCCAAACCCCUUUACAUCAAUUAGAAUUAAAAUUGCAUCAAUCUGUUAAUGCUAAAAUCGUCGAAGAAGAAAUUCCAAUUUUAGAAAGGAUCGGAAAUGAAUUUACAAAGAUAAUCGAUAUUUCAAAAAGCAAAGAAUUUAAGGAUCUUAAUUUGAAUGAUUUUUCAAAUCCUCUCGAUGCGUUACAAAACGUGAUUAUUUCAGUUUGUUCUAGAGCUGUUCUAACUAAUAUUCCUGAAGAUCAGGAAUCGAUUAUUCAAAAAAUUAGUGAACCGCUAGAUAAAAUUAUUAAAGGAAUUAUUAAAAUAAAAACUAAAGUUGGUGAAAUUUGA